UCAAGGCAUUCGAACAAGAAGGAAGGUAUCGCCGACCGUUAAAUUUAUCGGGGAGAUAAUACUCAUGCGCAAAGCAACCCAAAACGCUCAAUGUCACAUAAAACAGUGGCGCUCCCAAGAAAAUUGCCCCAAGAAACAUAGGCGUAGCAGAAUUGAACGGUGCAAGCGAAUUUAAACCGUUACAAAGAGUUAAAAUGUGCGCUAAAGGAAUUAGGAGCUAAAACUACUGGCAAUAAGCAACAAUUAGAAAAACGGUAAGUAUUUACUUAUGUUUGAAUAAAUGAGUUGUACUAAUUCUAACCUAUGGACCAUUUUAGGUUACGUAUUUGGAAAGAGGAAAACUUAAAUAAAUCUCUGUUUGAUGUAAAGGUGUUAAAAGUUCCGCAUUUGGAAUAUCCCAAUGAUGCUUUAUUUAAGCCCUUGAAAGACUAUACGGGUAACAAAGUCGUGAAUUAUAAAGCGAUUCGAAAAUGGUUUUUGGAUCGUAAAGCCAACAAGGGAUUCGAUAGGGGUCGUAUAUUGGCCAUGCAGUUAUUCAUUAAAUAUUGCAAAAUGUACAUUGAUGGCAGUGGCAGCAAUAUAUACAUUCAAGCAAGCUGUUGUGCGGAACAGAAGAAAUCUUCGGAAUACAAGAUUAAAAUUAAAAUUACAAAAUUGCAAUCGUCGCAUGAAAUCACACAAGCCAAUUGUUCAUCCCCUGCUGGAAUAGGUUGGUCCGCAGCAUGCAAACAUAUUGGUGCACUUUGUUUUUCUUUAGAACAUUUUUCUGUUACAGGAAAUGAUCAAGAGUACGUUUCUUGCACUUCCCAACAAAUGUGUUGGAAUAAACCAAGUGAGGGCAGAUGUGUAGAUGUAAUGUCAAUAUUUGACAUCACUGAGCAAGACAGAAAUGAUUUCAUUAUAGAUCAGGCAGCAACCGAUGCAUUAGUGAAUUGUCUCAUUAAUACUAAUAUAAAUUGUGCGCUCAUAAACUCUGGAAAAUAA